CAGAAGGCGGAGAGGGAAGAUGGCGGCGCCGGAGGAGCGGGAGCUGAGCCAGGAGCAGACCGAAAAACUGCUGCAGUUUCAGGACUUGACAGGUAUCGAAUCAAUGGACCAAUGUCGCCAAACUCUGCAGCAGCACAACUGGAAUAUAGAGGCUGCUGUCCAAGACAGGUUAAAUGAACAGGAGGGUGUCCCCAGCGUCUUUAACACCACUCCCAAUCGACCUCUGCAAGUGAAUACUGCGGACCAUAGAGUAUACAGCUAUGUGGUGUCUCGGCCACAACCAAGGGGGCUUUUAGGAUGGGGUUACUACCUAAUUAUGCUUCCAUUCCGCAUCACAUACUAUACACUACUUGAUAUAUUUAGGUUUGCUGUUCGUUUUAUAAGGCCCGACCCUCGCAGCCGUGUCACUGAUCCAGUAGGGGAUGUGGUCUCCUUUAUACAACUAUUUGAAGAGAAAUAUGGCAGAAUACAUCCUGUGUUUUACCAGGGUACAUACAGCCAGGCAUUGAAUGAUGCAAAACAGGAGCUGCGCUUCUUGUUAGUUUAUCUGCAUGGGGAAGAUCACCAGGACUCUGACGAUUUCUGCAGGAAUACCCUCUGCAUUCCCGAGGUCACCAAUUUCCUUAACAGCAGAAUGUUGUUUUGGGCAUGUUCCACAAACAAGCCAGAAGGAUUCAGGGUUUCCCAGGCCCUGCGCGAGAACACCUACCCUUUCUUGGCUAUGAUCAUGCUCAAGGAUCGCAGGAUGACAGUAGUGGGGAGACUGGAGGGUCUGAUUCAGCCACAGGACCUUAUUAACCAGCUGACAUUUAUUGUUGAAGCCAACCAGACCUAUUUAGUAUCGGAGAGACUAGAGAGAGAGGAGCGAAACCAGACUCAGGUGCUGAGGCAGCAGCAAGAUGAGGCGUAUCUGGCAUCUCUGCGUGCUGACCAAGAAAAAGAACGCAAGAAGAAAGAGAAACAGGAGCAGAAGAGAAGAGAAGAGGAAGAGGCACAACUCAAACAGAUGUUAGAAGAGAGGAAGAAAAGGAAUCUGGAAGAAGAAAAAGAGCGCAAGUCUGAGUGUCUCCCUGCCGAGCCAGUUCCAGAUCAUCCAGAUAACGUGAAAAUUAUUUUUAAGAUGCCAAAUGGUACCAGGGUAGAGCGGCGGUUCCUCUUCACCCAGUCCCUGUCAGUUAUCCAUGACUUCUUGUUCUCUCUGAAAGAGACUCCUGAAAAGUUCCAGAUAGUAACAAAUUUUCCCCGCCGGGUGCUGCCGUGCCUACCCAGUGAGGAAAUCCCUGUGCCUCCAACUCUGCAGGAGGCUGGACUGAGUCAAUCGCAACUGCUUUUUGUACAGGAUCUGACAGACGAUUGAGAAAAAAAAGUAUAUAUAUUUUUCUUCCCUAAGGAAUGAGGGGAACAAGAAAAAAAAAUCUAAAAAAAAAAAACAAAAACAAAAAACAAAAAUAAAACUAGAAAAGCAAGUAGGGAUGAAUGAGAGAUUGCCUAUUCUCAUAACAUAAUUUUUUUCUUUUUAAUAACUGCUGCUACUGACUUUGGAUCCAAGCGCCCUUGCUCAAGCAAGAAAGGGGAGGCAGCGCGUAGCAGUGAAUUGUUUUCCCCAUUGGAAGGGGACAAAGGCCAAGAGACCAUGAACAUGAAGGUGUUCUAGGAGAAUUUACAGAGCUCAAAUUGGUAUUUUUUAAAGUUACAUGAAUAAAUGAUCUGUGGGAGGCGCCUGCAGAGCAUCAUCGCCUUGCAUUCCCUUAACCUGGGAGAAGGAAGAACCAUCUCUGCGGAGGAAACAUCCACGCAAGUGUCUAACCGUUGUUAGGGUGGAUAGUUGGAAGUGUGUUUUUUUUUUUUUUCUGUUGAGGAACAAGAGGAAACGGCUUUCCUAACUCUGUAUAAAGCAUUUUUUAAUUUACAUUAUUUUUUUUCAUGCUUUAUAAAAUAAAAGAAAAAAAAAGACCAAAGGAGAGAGAUUGGGAGCAGCCAUUGCUCUGGCUUGAAUGGCACUGAAGCAGAUUCUGUCUGUAGAGGGGUGCACGUGUGUGUGAGAUGGAUCUUGCAUUUGAUAGGGGCACGAGUAAGGCCCCACAGUGUAAUAAAGGCAAUAUCUAGUGACUGAUCUCCCUGCUUUUUAGAUGCCUUCUCUUGUCACUAGUAUUCUCUAUGACCAGACUGACUUAUAUUCCAGAUAAUUUAUUCCAAAUAUAAAUUAAAAACAUUUUAGAAUUUUGCUGUGUGUUAAAUGUUAAUGUUGGAUGCCUGUGAUAGUAGGGAUGACCACACGUUACUGUGAAAACGUUUCUUUUCUUCUGCGCAUGUUGCAGUUCAGUCAAUUAAAAAAAACAUUUCCCCC